GUUACAGUGCAGACCAAAGAGCUCUCACUGUGGCACAGACCAGGAUUUUAAGCUCUGUGGAUCAAACUGACCUGAUUCAGGGUCCUGACACCAGCAGCAGUAUUCGUCCUCCUCGUCCUGCAGCCAUCAUGAAAAUCGCUUCUUUUAACAUCCAGAAGUUUGGGAAAAACAAAGUGUCGGAUCCAUAUGUUCUAAAUACCCUGGUCAAGAUCAUCUCUCGGUAUGAUAUCAUCUUGAUCCUGGAGGUGGUGGACAUCAGUGGAGAGUCCGUAAAAACCCUCAUGGACGCACUCAACACAUCCAACAGAGAACAUCACUACACCCUGAAAAUCAGCAGCCGUCUGGGCCGAUCACGCUACAAGGAGCAGUUCAUGUUCCUGUACAGGGACGACUUGGUCGACUUGGUCGGCUCGUAUCAGUUUGAUGACAAAGUGACUGAGGGAGGAGAUGUUUUCGCCAGAGACCCCUACAUCCUGCGAUUCAGAUGCCUCAAUACAGUGCUGAAGGACCUGGUGAUGAUCCCUGUUCACACCAAACCAGAUGACUCGGAGAAGGAGCUGGACGAGCUCUACGAUGUCUUCCAGCACGUCAAGAAGAAGUGGAGGACAGAUAAUGUCAUGAUCCUGGGAGACUUCAACGCAGACGGCAUCUACGUCUCUAAGAAGGAAAUGAAGGAGAUCAGAAUACGUAGUGACAAGAACUUCCACUGGCUGAUCGCAGACGACGUUGACACCACAGCGAGCAACAAGAACGACCACACAUACGACAGGAUCGUGGUUUACGGAGACGACAUGCUCCAGGCUGUGAUGCCAAACUCUGCCAAACCCUUCAACUUCCAGAGAGCGUAUGGACUCACUCAGGAGCAGGCCCUUGAUGUCAGCGAUCAUUACCCCGUAGAGGUGGAGCUGAUGUCCCUGACAACGAUUACACCUGGAAAUGAAGAUCUUGACCAGCUGAUAAAUCUUCAGCCCGGACCGCCUCGCCUUGUGGCCGUGGAGGAGGACCUGCUGGAGCUUAAGAGAGGAAACCUGCUGCUGGAGAGGGAGAAGCUCAGCCUGGAGAUCCAGCUCCUCAAGGUGAAGAUGGCCAAGUUAAAGGGCAUUAACGAGGUUUAAACCAGUGAGUCCAGAUCCGUCCCGAAUAGCCAACAGGACCACCAUCUCCUGCCUAGAAUCAGAACACAGAGAACCACACAUGUCAAACGUGACUGCUGCAAUUGAUCUCACUUUACACGGGAGCUUAUGUGGGUUGGCACCACUUUACCUCAGGCGUCAUGUUUGACGCUAUCUUAACUUGAGUUUUUAUUUUCUAAAGAUAAUUUUUAUGCAUUUUUAUAGUGAUAAACAGGAAGGAGAGAGUCAGGGCCACAUGGUCCACGAGCUUUACUGUAUUUUGAUUUGCUGAUGACUGCAGAUAACAAUAACCCUCACUAAUAUGAACUUAGAUAUGUGAACACUUCUCUGUUUAUGUUUCAUCAAGCUGUUAAGUUUUAUUUUGAUACCUCCAGGUUGAAAACUAAUAACUGUACAAUUUUUAUAGAAAUUUGGCCUUUUCAUAUCAUGGAAUUGAUUGAAUUUACUUUUAUUCGGCAUCUCUUUUUUCACAUAGUAAUCACAGCUGUCGUAUUUCUGCUGACAUUCCUCUUCAGAGAUUAAAAUCUAUUUAAAAUUUUCUGUUUUACUAAGUAGAAAUAAUUUGUUGUAAUUCUGCUCACAGUGUGCAUGUAUUUGCAUUAAUAUGCUGUAAGCCUGUAUUGUAAGUUUCCCAAUACAGGCUGAAGACAACAGUUGUGUGUAUUUCGUAUUAAACUUCAUAUCUACCAA